GCGGGGCGCGUGCGGCGCCGUCGUUGCCGACCCGGCGGUCGGUCAGGGGGGACCUGCCGGCAUCCCGCUCCUUCGCCCACACCGAAGGGCACAGCCGCGCUUCCCCGCAGCGGCUCCCGGCGCCCCGGGAACUACUACCAUGGACAGGACCGCCGUGGCCAAGAUGGGAGCGGUGGCGAGCGCCAGCGUGUGCGCGUUGGUGGGCGGGGUGGUGCUGGCGCAGUACAUCUUCACCAUGAAGAAGAAGACGGCCUGCAUGCAAGCCCUGCAUCUCUGGACUCUGCUUGCGACCUAUGCUGUUGCAGUAGGACAAAAUCAAGGACAGAAGAAUCAGGAGUGCCCUAAGCUCAACGCACAGAUGCCAGAAUUUCAGAAGAAGACUGUCCAUAUUAAGGAUCCAGCAAGAGUAGAGGAGAUUAUUUGUGGCCUCAUCAAAGGUGGAGCUGCCAAACUUCAGAUUAUUACAGAUUUUGAUAUGACAUUAAGUAGAUUUUCCUACAAUGGAAAAAGAUGUCCAACUUGUCAUAACAUCAUUGAUAACUCUAAGAUCAUCACAGAUGAAUGUCGGAAAAAGUUAUUUCAGCUGAAAGAAACUUACUAUGCCAUUGAAAUUGAUCCAGCUCUCACCAUUGAAGAGAAAUACCCAUACAUGGUAGAAUGGUACCAUAAAUCUCAUGCACUACUCAUUGAACAAGGCUUACAGAAGGACAAGUUUGCAGAAAUUGUAAGGGAAUCUGAUGUUAUGCUGAAAGAAGGGUAUGAGAACUUCUUUGAUAAGCUCAGUGAACAUAAUAUUCCUGUGUUCAUAUUUUCUGCUGGGAUUGGUGACAUUCUUGAGGAAGUAAUCCACCAGGCUGGGGUCUACCAUUCUAAUGUCAAAGUGGUUUCCAAUUUCAUGGAUUUUGAUGAAAAUGGAAUAUUAAAAGGAUUUAAAGGAGAAUUGAUUCAUGUUUACAACAAACAUGACGGUGCCUUGAAGAACACAGAGUACUUCAAACAGCUAAAAGACAACAGCAAUAUCAUACUGCUGGGUGAUUCUCAAGGAGACUUGAGUAUGGCAGAUGGAGUAGCAAAUGUUGAGCACAUUCUUAAGAUUGGCUAUCUCAAUGAUAAAGUAGAUGAGCUUUUGGAAAAAUACAUGGACUCUUAUGAUAUUGUCUUGGUGAAAGAUGAAUCCCUGGAAGUUGCCAACUCCAUUCUACAGAAAAUCCUGUAAAUUGCAGUCUCAAGUCACUCCACUCCUUCCAGGAGGCAACUGGACAGAAGAGCACACAUGUGCUAUCUUAGAUGUGUUUAUUAUUCAUUUACGGAACUGUUUGAUUUAAUUUAAAACUUCAUUUUGGUAUUAUGGAAUAUAUAGUGUAUCAAUUAUCAACUACAAGCUCCUUGUACUGCUCUUAAACUGUUCUUUAAUGUCUCACACUCCUGUUAUAACGAGAUCUAAAUUGGAUUUAUAGAUGUGAUAAACUGCUGCUGAUGGGAUACUGUCUUCACUGUCCUUUUUAAUCAGGCAUUUCAGAGCAGCAUUUAGAAAACGUGGCUAUUUUGUAAAAUUGAAGGUGUAAAUGCUCUGUAAAGAGAGUGCAUUUGUUGCCUUUUCAAAGACAUUUUGGUCUCAGCUGUACUUUGAAGGAUCUUACUCAUAUGCUACAUAAUUUCAUACAAGGUUUUCAUACAUAUAAUUUUCAUCAGUAAAAAUGCUUUUAUUCACCCAA